UUGUGCGAGCCCCUCCGUGAGGAAGAGAGAGGGCGCCGCGUUCCCGGGCCCUCCCCGCAGCCAUGCCCGCCGGCGUGCCUUGGUCCACCUACUUGAAGACGCUGGCGGCCAGCAUGUUGGCCAUGUUCGCCGGCGCCGAGGUCGUGCACAGGUACUACAGGCCUGACCUUAGUAUACCUGAAAUACCUCCUAAGCCUGGAGAACUGAAAACAGAACUGUUGGGGCUAAAAGCAAGAUCAAGCAAAGUUCAGACUUCACAACAGUGACCCGAAUUUACUUACGUUGUGAAAACUAGAACUGAUAAAAUGUUUGUUCAGCUGUCUCAACUGCAGAAAUCCUUAUGUGAGAUACUGUCCUCCCUUAAUACUUUCGUUUCCUUUAAGCAGAGUUAUAGGCAGCAUUAAAAAUAAAUGUACUACGAAUACUGUUGUUAAAAGUCCAAUCGGUUGUGCCCCAAAAUGCUUAUGAUUUCUUAAUCUUGAUUGCAGUGUAAGUAUCCUUCAGAAUAAAAGAUGUAAACUCACAUUGGCAA